UUCAUAGUUUAGUGUAUAUACAGAAUCAUAUAUCGACAAUUCAUUUCUCAUGAAAAGCACUAUGGCAGCGAACAAUACACCCAAAUCAUAUUAUCUCAACGGAAAUGGAGCUACCGGUAUAAGUAGCGAAGACCUAGAUGGUGCGACAAGGUCUCUGCUUCAGAAUACCGUAGAUAGUAGUGACCAAGUCUUCGGGUUUGGGUCAAUGAGCUGCUCGAUAUAUGACACAGCAUGGGUCUCAUUGGUGACCAAGAUUAUCGACGGGAAACAGCAAUGGCUCUUCCCCGAAUGUUUUGAUUUUCUACUCCACACUCAAGGGGAAGAUGGAAGUUGGGGGAAAACUGCAUCACAGAUUGAUGGCAUCUUGAGUACCGGGGCGUCAUUACUGUCGCUCUUACGACAUCGAGCCGAGCCGCUACAACUUGAGAACCUUGAUAUACGGGAUACUAGCAGCCGCAUAUCAAGAGCAGUCGAUUCUCUAGGUUCUCAGUUGCAAUCUUGGUCUAUUACCUCUACAGUCCACGUAGGCUUUGAGGUUAUAGUUCCAACUCUUCUUGACCUCCUCUCCGAGGAAGACCCCUCUAUUCGGGUUGACUUCGAUGGUUUCAAAGAUUUAAUGAAAAUUAGCGCGAAGAAAUUGUGCCUGUUCAAACCAGAAUAUCUCUAUGGUGACAUACGAUCGACCAUAUUCCAUUCCCUCGAGGCGUUCAUCGGAAAGGUGGACUUCGACAGAAUAACUCAUCAUACAACGUCAGGAUCGAUGAUGGGGUCACCGUCAUCUACUGCAGCAUAUUUAAUGAACGCAUCCCGUUGGGAUGAUAAGGCGGAGAUGUAUCUCAGGCAUGUCGUCGGACAAGCCGCCGGCAAGGGGAGUGGUGGCGUCCCCAGCGCAUAUCCUUCUACGUACUUUGAAUACAGCUGGAUUCUCUCCACGCUGCUAACGUCUGGGUUUUCGCCCUCUGACCUCGACGGCCCUGGCCUGCAAAAGAUGACGGAAGUCCUUUCUCAAGCUCUAGAAAAUGAAGGAGGGACUAUCGGUUUCGCCCCCUUUUUUAUGGCUGAUGUGGACGAUACGGCGAAAGCAAUAUUGUCUCUGAAAAAACUUGGGAGAAACGCUAGCGCAGCGAAAAUGAUUGAGAGAUUUGAGACGAAAUCUCACUUCAAGACGUAUCCGUCUGAAAGAGACCCAAGUUUCAGUGCCAAUUGCAACGUUCUAUUGGCACUACUUCACCAGGAUGUACCGCGGGACUUUUCAACCCAAAUAGCCAGCAUUAUUGAAUUUUUGUGCAACUACUGGUGGUCAGCACCCAGCAAUAUUAAGGACAAAUGGAACCUCUCCCAUUUAUACCCCAGACUUCUUUUCGUAGAAGCGGUUACGAGAUUCGUAUAUUUGAUUGAAAAGGGGGAACUUCCCGCGCUGGAAGAUCAAACAAUGCAGUCUAAAGUUGCCGUUUGCUUGUAUCAGGCGUGUUAUAGGACACUCCUAGAACAAUUUGAUGAUGGCUCUUGGAAUAAUUCUAUUGAAGAGACUGCUUACGGAACUCUUAUACUUUCCGAGGCGCGACGGCUAGUGCUUUUCGUGGAUUUCGAAGAAAAGUUCUCUUCAGCUAUCGAUCGCUCAGUAGCAUUCUUGCAGACCUCAAACAGCCCCCCAGAAUUUCUAUGGAUCGAGAAAGUCAGCUACAGAUCUCCAGUAUUGACCGAGACUUAUAAACUGGCUGCUCUUAGGGCGGCUACUAUUCGGCCGGAAGCCUACAUAGGUUCGAGUUUACGCCAAGACACAUCAGUCAUACCAAAAUUCGCGAAAUUCCUUCUCAUGACUCCCAUAUUCAAGGGGACUCCUGAGUGGGAAGUGUCUGCGUCGAUGGUGGAGGGUACAUUAUUUCGUCCCAUUGUCCGCGCUCUCAGGUUAAGCGUAUUCACGAGAAAAGGAGUGGAAGAAGACAAGUAUUUUGAUGUCAUUCCACUGGCAUGGCCGUCCAUGAGUAAUUGCAAGCGGAUAUUUGCCCCACCCUUCUUCUUGUUUGAAGGAAUGAUGGCUGCGCUCUUGAAUUACCAAGUCGAUGAGUUCAUGGAGGCGGUAGCAGAUAUCAAUUAUGCCAACCAUGUUCCGGAGCUCCGAAAACUUAUCGACGACGUGAUUGACUCCAUUAGUGACGAGGCUUCGCGUGAAGCGUCUGCGACUAACGGUACUAACGGUACUAACGGAUUGACAAACGGGUCCGGGGCAAUUAAGGAGAUUGAUGGCCACCAUCCUGACAUUGGGGAAGCCGAACGCCAGGAAGUUUUGGUACCCUUGCAGAAAUUUGUCACCCGCGCCCUCAAGCACCCUGCGAUUCUCUCAGCAAGUCCAUGGGAUCGUAAGAACAUGACGUGUGAACUCCGAAUUUACCUUCAGACGCAUGUUACACAGAACGAGGACAAUGCGCUAUUGAAGCAAGGUAAAUGGACUCAGGGCGUGAUGAGAGAACACUUUCUACGAUGGGUUAGCACUACCUCGGCGGAUCAUACAUCAGCUACCUAUACCUACAGCUUCGUGUGUUGUCUGUUGAGCACUCUACUCGAGGAUGGGAAAGACUGCUUUCCUACGACCCAGGAGAAAUACUACGGCUACUCGGCGGGCCAGCAUCUAGCAGCUAUGUGUCGUAUGUAUAACGAUCACGGUUCCGCUAUACGGGAUCGCGAUGAGCUUAACGUGAACUCUAUCGACUUUCCUGAGUUUGAACUCCAUGAUCCUGCGCUAGGAAACAAUGACAUCGUCACUAGACAAGCUAGUUUGUUCGAAAUAGCUCAAUAUGAGCGUAGCUGUAUAGAAUAUGCGUUCGAAAGGCUAGCAAACCAUUCGGCGGAUAAGAGGUCGACGGAGGCACAAGCUAGAAAGAGCCGACAGAUGGACUUCUGGCGGUUGUUUUAUAACGUCACCGACCUUUGGGGUCAGAUGUAUGUCCUUCGUGAUAUCGGGAGUCGCUUGACAGUUGGGACGGCGGCAAAGUAAACAAAUUGACUUAAUUGGAUUAAGGCAAAUGGAUACUUGCUUUUAUCUAUAUGUCGUAUCCUUUUUUCAUAAUAAUAUCUAUUUUCAUCCUCGUUAGACCAACAUACCCCUAUUUUCAC